AUCAUAAAGUACUGUUCACAAACUAGUUAAAUUUCCAAGACUGCGAUAGAUUGUUAAGAAAAUGAACUCGAAAUUGAAGGAAAUUAAAAAAUAUCAAAAGUUACGACAAAAGUCACAAGAAUCGAACAACCUUAAGGAGGAGGCUGAAGUGUGUAAUGUGUUGGGGAACCUUUUCCUUGAGACAGGCGAUACCACCGAAGCUUUGUCGAUGCAUCAGAAUGAACUUGCGUUGUGUGGAUUGCUUCAUGAUGUUGUGGGACAAGCGGUGGCGCAUAGGAAGAUUGGUGAUGUGUUCGUAUCGAAGGGUAAUUACACCUCAGCCAUCAAACACCACACGUUGCAUCUCGAGUUGGCUUGUAAGGUUGAGGAUAAAGUUGAAAUGCAACGAGCCAACACCUCACUUGGACGAACAUAUCUCGAUAAAUCGAGUCUUCCUUCAACUUCGGAUAUGGAGAUAGAAGACUUGCUGGGGAGAUCCAUCAAGUUGUUUAAUGAAAGCUUGCGAUUGGUUGGUGAGGUAAAGGUCGGUACGACGGAGUUUGUUGAAAUGAAAGUUCGAAGUUACAUCAACCUUGGGCUGGCUCAUCAUCAACUUAACAUCAUCAACCACAACACUAACGAAGCUGCGAGGAGCGUUGGGUGUUUUGAGAAAGCUUUGUCGCUUGCUGAAACACACAACAACACGGAUGAUUUAUAUUUAACGCACCAAGUAUUGGUCGGGGUGAACAUUGAGUUAGUGAAACACAGUGUUGCCUUGAAGCACGCAGAAGCGAUGUUAAAGUUGGCCAAACAAACCAAGAGGUUGGAAAGCAUCGAUUCAUCGAGCGAGCUUUGCGCAGAGACACAUCUUCAACUUGGUAACAUACAUUCAGCCAAAGAUUAUUUGAAGAGGAUUUAUUUAAAAACAAAACAAAAUUCGCUUAGAGACGAAACUGAAAGUAAAUUGAAAACUGUAAUCAAGAUGUGUCGAAUCAGCCACGAACUAACAACUGAAGAAACUUCGGUGAAUCGUAAAUAUUCGCUGCAUGAAGCAAUCGCUGAUUUAUUUUGUAAACUCCGGUGUUUUGAACCAGCGUUGAAACAUUACAAGGCACAGGAAUCUACUUUGGAUGAUAUUGAAGGGAUCACAAACAAACAGAGGAAGUUGGUCUACUUUUCCAUCGCAUCAACUUUGGUUGAUUUGAAACGAUAUAACGAAGCUAUUGAAUAUUUCUAUAAUGAGAUAAACGUAACAUCUGAAUCAACCGAUCACGUUGAUAUUUAUAUCAAUAUAUCCCGGUGUUUGGAGGGGGUGGGUAAAAGUUACCACGAGGUCAAGGGGGUGUGUACAAAGUCGAUGAAAUGUGCGGAAGAUUGUGGGAGCGACCAUUUAAAGAUGAAAGCUUUGGUUCGUCGAGAGGAAAUUGAAACAAAGUUUAACGACGUGGAAGCGGCCGAUGUCACCAAGAGUGAGAUUUCUAUGCUGGAGUUGAAAGUCGGGGAAAUUGACGAAGGUUCGGAAACGAUAACGGAUUGUUACAAUAGUUGUCCACUAGAUGACAGUAUGGAGAUGUUGGAGGAAGAACUUGCAAUCCCGUUGAAAGAUGACGAAGUGACGCGACGAUCAAAACGUGCGUUGAUAUCAAAGCAGAAUUGCCUCGGGGAGACGGGGUUACAUCAAGCUUGUAUCGGGGGCGAUCUUAAACGGGUUCAACUUCUUAUUAAACAAGGUCACCAGGUGAAUCCUCGUGAUUUUUGUGGUUGGACUCCGUUACAUGAAGCAAGUAACCAUGGACAUGAAGAUAUUGUUGAGUAUUUGUUGCAACACGGAGCGCAUAUCAAUGACUUAGGUGGGGAAGGUUGCGGGAAUCUUACCCCAAUCCACGAUGCUGCUAACAACGGACAUUUCAAUGUUGUCGAGAUAUUAUUGAAUCAUAAUGCCAAUCCAUUCAUUGCUAACAAUGAGGGGUUGAACGUGUUGGCAACGUUGCGGAAAUAUCGCGAUAAAUACGGGGAUGAGAUGGAUGAGAAGCAACGAUCAUUGUGUGAUGCGGUGUGUAGGAGGUUGGAGGAGAGGAAGGAUCAACAUCAUGUGGUUGAUCCUCCAAUAAUCAUCAGAGAUGCAACGGUUGAUGUCUCCUCCUCUCCUCCCAACAUUGAUGAUGUCAUCACUGAUGAUGUCACCGAUAAUGACAUCACUGACAAUGUCACCACCCAUGAUGUCACGACCUGUGAUGUCACCACCGAUGAUGUCAUCACCGAGUAUCGAUCUUCCAUCACAUCCUUGGGGUCGUCACGACGACGAAAAUCCUUUCCCGUCCAUCACAAACGAUCCGUCCCCGCACUAGUGGAACGAUCGGCUGAUGAUCCUUGGUUGGUGGAGGAUGUUGAUCCUCCCAGGAAGAAGAGGAGAUUCCUGGAUGGAGGAUCCUGGGAUGCGGGGAAGAGAACCAAGAUCACGGAUUAUUGUAGUGAGGUUCCAAGAUCACGAGAUGAUGUUGUUGUUAACGUUGAGUAUCGGGAUGAAGACAUCAGACUUGAUGUGUUGGACCAAGGGAGGGUUACCACUUCAAGCAUGAGGGUCAAAGUUGAAAUCGAAGACUUCUCGUUUUUCGUUGCCGUUCCUCCUGACAAACCCGUUUCGUGGUUGAACGAGGUCGCGACAUCGUGUUACGAACGCAACCACCGGGUGUCACCAACAAUCCAACUCUCGUGCGACGAUGUUUUGAUGAUGAACGAGGACUUGGUGUCGGUAGUAGUGCGCAAUAAUGAUGUCAUAAAGGGAGUUGUGAUGUCAUGGAACAUACCAUUGUUGUCGGAACGUUACGUCAAAUAUUGUCAACAAACCAAUAUUGCUGAAAUACCGAGGAUUACGAACGCUUGCAAAGAUUGCGCAAUCUCUAAAUCGCUGGAAAUUGAAUCGUUAAGAUUUCCCCAACAUCUCAAACCCUUGUUUUUAAAUCUUCGCAAACAAGAAAUUACGAAAAUUAAUUUCUCUGGUUGUCGUAUCGGUUGGGAGGGAGUGAAAUGUUUGUGCGAGAAUGUCCAACAACCUUUUAACUCAACGCUCACGCACGUGAAUAUGAGUUGCACGGCCAUGAAUGAUCACGCCAUGAGCAUAUUAUCACAAACUCCAUCGUUUCAUAACCUCACCCAUCUAAACACCUCGUUCAACCCUCUUUGCACCGUCGAUGGAUUGUUUGGUUUGUUGUCAAAUUGCCCCAACCUUCGUGAGCUUAACGUUCAAUGUUGCCAACUACGGAUGGUCGGUCGUCAACAUAUGUUUGAUGCCGGUUUACCCAGCCUUGAAGUUUUAAAUAUUUCUCAAAAUAAUUUUGGGGCAACUGGUUUGAAACAUUGGUUGAAACUGCUUCAUAGAAAUCAAAUAAAGUCGUUGAAUAUUCAAGGAGUUUCAGACACGAACAACAAUAAAGAUUUGACGAGGAUUCUCAUAGAUUUUCUUGAAACUUCAAACAAAAAAUUAAAUUUUCUCAAUUUGUCGGAAAAUCAAUUACAUGAUGAUAUCAUAAGGUCGUUUGAUGCGUUCGUUGAUGAGUCAAACUCGACCGAUGGAGUUCCUUCGUUUAUUACGACUCACAAACGAUGUCAUUGUCAUAAAACAAUGAACUUUCAACCAUAAUAAAAUAUUCUUAUAUAUUUGCCCUCUUGUUUCAAUAAAAUAGAAAUAACAAAUAUUAUUCAUUGAUAAUUAGAUUCUAUGUUAAAGCAUGAAGCAACGAAAAUAUAGUAAUUUGUUUCACCAUAAU